AUGGCCAAUAAUAGCAGCUCCAAACCUUUGCUCUUCCUGCUCACUGGUUUCCCUGGCCUGGAGCAUGUCCACCCUUGGAUUGCCGUUCCUAUCAGCCUCAUGUAUUUCAUUGCUAUUUGUGGUAACGGCACUAUCUUGACCAUCAUACAGGCAGAGUCGAGCUUGCACAAGCCCAUGUACCUCUUUCUGGCCAUGCUGGCUGUGACAGACCUGUGUCUGGUCACCACCACCCUGCCAACCAUGCUCCGCUUGUUCUGGUUCAACGUGCGAGCGGUCAGCUUUGGGGCCUGUGCCACACAGAUGUUCUUCAUCCACUCCCUGUCCUGCAUGGAGUCCGGCAUCCUGCUGGCCAUGGCUUUUGACCGCUUUGUUGCCAUCUCCAACCCACUCAGGUACUCCCUGGUCUUCACUGGCUCCAGGAUAGCCAAGACGGGCUUGCUGAUGCUUCUCAGGGGGGUCCUCUUUGUACUCCCAACUCCACUUCUCCUGCGGCUGCUGCGGUACUGCAGAGCCAACACUCUGUCCCACUCGUUCUGCGUGCACCAGGACAUGAUGAAGCUUGCCUGCUCGGACAGGAGAGUCAACGUCAUCUACGGCCUCUUUGCAGUCCUGUCCACAUUUGGCAUCGACUCCCUGCUCGUUCUCCUUUCCUAUCUUGUCAUCGUGAAGACAGUGUUGAACAUUGCCUCCGGGGAGGAGCGUCUCCGCACUCUCGACACUUGUGUCUCCCACCUCUGUGCCGUUCUCAUCUUCUACAUCCCCCUCAUAGGCCUGACCAUCGUCCACCGCUUUGGGGAGCAUGCUUCCCCAUUGGUGCACAUCCUCAUGGGCUUCACCUACGUCCUCAUCCCCCCCAUGCUGAAUCCCAUUGUGUACAGCAUCAAAAUCACCCAAAUCCGGCAAAGGAUCCUGAAGAGGCUGCAGAGCAGCACGGUGCUCUGUGUGCAUUGA